CACAAACGUCAGUACGUCAGCGUGACGUCACAGUUUUCAAAGUACUUACCCUCGUUUAGGUCAUUGUGGGGGCAGUAAAAGUUCUAGAACCCUGCUAAUUUUGGUCGUUGUCUAUUUUAAAACACUACGUAGAUCAUCGUUAACCGACAAAAUAAUUAGCUAGGCCCGAGAAGACGCCGUCAAGAUCCAUGACGUCACGACGGGCUAGUUCGCGAACUUAAAGACUGCGUCGCCACCAGUCGCCUCUCGCUUUUACGUCUGUUUCUGGCUUUAUGUACAACCAUCUUUCGCACUAAUGGUGGCUUCUUUCUUGCGCUAUAGAAAGGUGAUUUAAAAAUGCAGCUCAACGUAUGUUUCUUUUUUAGUCGCCGUUUACCACCUUGCACCUUCGCAGCAGGGCUCAGACGCACCGUUUUACUGUUCACACGUACAAGGUCUGCUGCUAAAGGAAACGCCAGUUAGAGCUCACUUAUGACACGACGACAUAGAGAACACUUUCUUUUUUGUUUUUCGUAGAUGUCAGCCCAAUGCGUCCCAUCGGGCUCUCUCUUUUUUUUUUCGCAGAAUAACAUAGAAGCGUUUCGCUCAUAUCAGCUUUAGCACCGGCUAGGUGCUCCCUUUAGGAGUGCAGCGUACUGUGCACGUUUCAUUCCUUGUUCUUGAACGCCGAAAUCGUGUUGCAGGUUCGGCCACAUGAAGAAGAGUCUGUGGGAAUCCAUGAAGAUACCGAUUCCGUGGCAUACGCCGGACGUUUCGGAGCUUGUGCUGCUGAACUUUCCCAGCUCCAAGGCACCAAAGUCAGAAAGCCUCCAUCUGAUCGUCAUGGUGCACGGGAUGUACGGCUGCUCGACAGACAUGCGUCUGCUUCGCGUCUUCCUCGAGUUGGCCCAGCCUCGCUCCAACAUUCGUUUCCUCAUGUCCCGGGCCAACGAGCGGGAGGAAACGUUCAAGGACUUCGACACCCUCGGCAUGCGACUCGCGACCGAGAUCGUGGAGCACUUGAAGAAAUACUCCAAGAAACCGGCCAGGAUCAGCUUCAUCGGAUUUUCUAUGGGCAACGUCAUCAUUCGCUCUGCGCUCGCCAAGGCCGAACUGCGGCCCCUGCACCGCUUCCUGCACACGUUCCUGUCGCUGUGCGGGCCGCACGUGGGCACCGUUUUCAACCCCUCCUUCGUCGUCAACGUGGGCGAGUACAGCUGCUCUAUACAGACGAUUUGCAGCGAGCAGUGCGUACAAACGAAAAGAGAUGGCGCCACCAGUCUGCUUCGUGCCUGCACCCAUUAG